AUGAGCUUGCAUCACAACAGCACUUUAGACACUUUGCGCGAGGAAUCACCAGGUUUAGCGAAUGUAAACAAGACUACAGAUCCAGCGGUACGAGCAAGGAACAAGAACACUACAUUUCCAAAAGGUAGCAGCAGUAUUGGCAGCAGCAACAGCAAAACGAUUGGGCUUGGGAUUGCUCGUCGACCGAGCGAUAAUUUACUGUUGAACAUGGCUCAGGAAGAACAAUUAGGCAGCGCAAUAACGGCGCCACCGUCGCGGAAAAAACUGAUCUCGCGGUUUGAUAGACCUGCUUCGGGCGCAUCUACAAUGACGGAAAGCACGGAGCUUUUUUCAUCGGAUCCUAACUCGACGGCGUCGUCUUCCAAUGGGAACUCCCCUUGCUCUUCACCAGGUACGCAUUUGGAUGGGCAAGAAACCAAACAUGUUGGGGAUGAAACAAGUCUGGACGAAGCCGGAGACGAAUCGACCCUCGAGCUUACCACACCUGUAGACUCAGAACAAACUAGCAGUGCUCAAUCUCAACAUAGUCUGGGAACUAGGUACGUUUUCACGAACGCCGCGAUGGCUCGCUCACAGGUCGCUCUCCCCACCACAACAAGUAGCUGUUCUUCGCCUUUAAAGCAUCCAAUCACACGCACGGGUUCUAUGCCUAACAAUAUGUUUUCCAAGUCCACGCCUGCGUUACCGCAGGGCGCUGCCUUGACUCCGUCGCAGCGCUAUAGAUUGCGAAAAGAGCAAGGCAAAGUGGCAUUGCACAAGUCCCUUAAGCAACGCGAGAAAUAUUACGAUGACCAAGAAAGCGGAGUGACGGGCUUCGGGCAAGAGUCGGACAUCGACGACUCUUUCAUUUGGAACAUACCAGUCGCAUCUCAUAGCACGAACUCCUUCUUAGCAUCUAUGAAGUCGACUCCAAACAAGUCCAAUUCGCGCACUAGAAAAUCUGUUUCGCGGUCGUCCUCUCAACAGUCAGUUAACCCAUCCUCAGAGCUCUCGUUCUUGGAUUAUCACGAGAUGCCUCCGUCACCCGUGCCGGGCUUGCAUAAUACAACCGAUUUUCAAUUCUACAAGCAGACGUCCGAAAACCUAUCGUCGGUGUAUAAAAAUUCCUCGAAUAGGAUUUCCCAGAGCAAACUAUGGGAACGCACAGCAUCCGCGGAAGUACUGCCUCUACAAUUCAAAACUGCUAGCGAUGAAGGAAUGGAAGAUUUACAGCUUGUUUCCGAGGACAAGAUAGAUGUUUGCAGUCCGUCUCGGCCAACCUGGUUGCCGCCUAAGGAUCAACAAGAAAGAAGAUCUCACGAGCAGCAAAUCAGCAAAACGCUAGGCAUGGCUUCUUUGGAGCAACUGGAUCGGAGCAAAGACAAUAAGGAACGGUUGAUUCGCAAUGGAACCAAUCGGCAGAAGUACGUUCUGCUUUUGAACCGAGGUGUAACGAGACAAUCGUCACUCCACGAACUCAAGAAACUUAUAUGGUCUACAAAAUUAACGUCGGAAACGCGAAGACAAAUUUAUGAUCAGCUGCUUCAAAGUGAGACGCGACUGAUUUCAGACCAGUUUAUCGUACCUUUGGAAGACGUUGCCAAAGUUUUGAACCAGAUGCAGUUCCCACGCGGCAAAGAAUUGGAAAUCACUAACCUGAUGAAAUCAAUGCCGCUGCUAGAGGAGGACGACAUACCGCAAAAUUUGUUACAUCUGCUGCGCUUAAAGUCAAUAUCCCAGCAAGGUCUGUUGCCCGGUGACGAAUUGCUAUUUUUUCACUUUUUACGCGACCACUCAUUUACUGACCUGAGUCAAGUGUGGGAGAUGGUGCACUUGAUCCAGCUCACGUGCUUCAACUCCACUGCCGUGGACAAAUUUGAUUCGCGCGUUGUCAAUCCACGCGGUGUGAUUGCACACUACCUCAACAGGGAUGAAGGCUUCAACAAAGAGUUCAACUCCGAAACUCUAAAUUUUGGAACAUGGUGGAACAUUUUGCGUCGCUUAGAUCACUCGCUAUUCAUGUGGUGUCUGGACAUCGUUGUUGUCCAUAACAGUCAGUGUUUCACCAAUUCUCCAGUUUCGCGCGAAAAAUUUCAGGGUCAAACGUGGGAUUAUUACCAGGACAGGAAAGUGGUGAUCAACUACAAGAUUCUCUGCUCGCUCAUGCUCAACGUACUGCUCAAUUACCAUUUUGGGUUUAACGAUUUGAAAUCGCUAGCCCAAUUGAAUGACAAAAGUUUCCGCAUACCGGGUGCCACGGACGGCACUCAAGGGGAAUUAGAGACGAACAGUCUUUUCGUUCAGAAGUGGCAGCAUUACUAUAAGAAAUUUUAG